AUGGGAUGGGAUGGGAUGGGAUGGGAUGGGAUGGGAUGGGAUGGGAUGGGAUGGGAUGGGAUGGGAUGGGAUGGGAUGGGAUGGGAUGGGAUGGGAUGGGAUGGGAUGGGAUGGGAUGGGAUGGGAUGGGAUGGGAUGGGAUGGGAUGGGAUGGGAUGGGAUGGGAUGGGAUGGGAUGGGAUGGGAUGGGAGUGUAAGGUCACGGAAGAACUGCGCUUUGACGAGAUCCCUGUUGACCACCUGCAUAGGCCAGACACGGCCAUGCACCUAAAACCCCCGGGUUCAAGAUCCAAUUAA